AUGGUAUUAGUUGUCUUCCUGCUAAUACUGUCUUCUCAUAUUGCAUGUGAAGAGCACCUUGUUAAAAGCAGGAUCCAUGCUCCACACCCUCCACUUCAAAAAUACUGUCAGGCAGGCAGCAUCAUAAUUGGUGGGAUUGUUUCUCACAGUUUCAUUGUUGCUAAUUCAAUAGCCUUCACAACCAAACCUCCAGCAGCAUCAUUUGAAGAUCUUUGUGUGGUGCCCAAAAAUUACCAGCACAUCCUGGCCUUGGCAUUUGCAGUACAGGAGAUAAAUGAAAACCUUCAGCUAUUACCAAAUGUCACCUUGGGCAUCUGCAUCUAUGACUGCUAUUUCAAUGCUCAGAGGACUUAUCAUGCUAUUAUGCUACUUACCUCCACAUUGGAGAUAUUUGUCCCUAACUAUUUGUGCGACACCCAAAAUCAAUUGAUAGCAGUCAUUGGGGGGCUAGAUUUAGAUAUCUCUCUUCAUAUGGCGACUGUACUGGAUAUCUACAAAAUUCCACAGCUAACAUUCAGUCCUGCACCAGUGAUGAAUGAUAAAAUCCCAGGCCUUUCCUUCUACCAGAUGGUCCCCCAGGAAGCCCUUCAGUAUGAGGGCAUUCUCUCUCUGCUUCUGCAUUUCGGGUGGACGUGGAUUGGGGUCAUUGUUAUGGAUAAUGAUAAUGGAGAAAGAUUUGUGCAAACUGUGCUUCCAGUCUUUUCCCAGAAGGGUGUUUGUUUUGCCUUCAUAGAGAGAAUCCCCACACUUUCUUUUGUCACUGAAUUUAUGGACAUCAUAGAAGAUGGGGUCAAAAUAAAUGAUAAUAUGAUGGGCAGCAACGCAAAUGUAGUAGUGAUCUAUGGAGAAUCUUAUUCCAUGUCAUUUUUUAGAUGGCUUCCGGUUUUAUCUGUUGAAAAUAAAUUAGCGGGGAAAGUUUGGAUAGCAACAGCCCAGGUGGAGAUCAGUGCAUUUCCCUAUCAAAGGCACUGGGAUGUAGAACUAUUCCAUGGUGCUAUAGCCUUCAGAUAUCAGUUUAGUUAUUUACAUAGAUUUCACAAAUUUCUUGAGGAGAGAAAUCCUUUAAAUACAAUAGAAGAUGAUUUCAUAAAGAAAUUCUGGGAGACCGUAUUCAGCUGUAUAUUCUUAAAUGUCACUGGCAACUAUGUGGAUGGAGAUAUUUGCACAGGAGAGGAGAAGUUGGAGAGCCUCCCUCUCCCUUUUUUUGAAAUGAGUAUGACUGGGCACAGCUACAGCAUCUACAAUGCAGUCUAUGUAGUGGCCCAUGCUUUACAAGCCAUGUUCUCAUCCAGAAGGACAUAUGGCACAGUAUUAGUCAGAGGAAGACCUGAACUUCAGAAUCAACCAUUUUGGCAGCUCCAUCACUUUCUCCGAAGUGUUUCGUUUAAUAACAGUGAUGGGGACAAGAUUUCUUUUGAUGAAAGUAGAAAAAUGAUAGCUGCAUUUGAUGUUAUAAACUUGAUCGUUUCCUCCAACCAAUCCUUUCAUAAAGUAAAGGUUGGUAGGCUUGAUCCUCAGGCUCCUCCAGACAAAGUGUUAGCCAUCAAUGACAAGGUCAUAAGGUGGAACAGCUUGUUUAACCAGGCACAACCUUUAUCCGUAUGCACUGAGAGUUGUUAUCCUGGUUACAGCAAGAAAGUGAAGGAGGGAGAGCCAUUUUGCUGCUAUGAGUGCAUUCCAUGUCCAGAAAGGAAGAUUUCAACUCAGAAGGAUAUGCAUGACUGUUAUGACUGCAUGGACACAACCUAUCCAAACAUCAAGCAUGAUUUUUGCAUACCCAAAGCUAGAACAUUCUUAUCUUAUAAAGAACCUCUGGGGAUCAGCUUAAGCCUCUUCGCACUUUCCUUUGCAUUGAUAACAGCUCUGGUGCUGGGAAUAAUUCUGAAGCACCACAACACUCCCAUCGUCAAAGCCAACAACCGGAACCUCACAUACAUUCUCCUGAUUUCCCUUCUGCUUUGCUUCCUUUCUGCAUUGCUUUUCAUUGGCCAUCCUGAACCGGUGACAUGUCUUCUCCGACAAACUGCAUUCAGCAUCAUCUUCUCAGUGGCUGUUUCUUCUGUGCUGGCAAAAACUAUCAUGGUGGUUCUGGCAUUUAUGGCCACAAAGCCAGGAAGCAGGAUGAGAAAAUGGGUGGGGAAAAGCCUGGCCAAUCCCAUUGUGGCAUCCUGUUCCCUCAUACAAGCAGGCAUUUGCAGUGUGUGGCUGGCAACCUCUGCCCCAUUCCCAGAUGUGGACAUGCACUCAGUGACUACAGAAAUUAUAUUAGAAUGUAAUGAGGGAUCUGUCAUUUUAUUUUCUUGUGUCUUGGGCUAUCUUGGCUUCUUGGCUAUUGUCAGUUUUGUUGUGGCUUUCUUUGCUAGGAGGUUACCGGACAGUUUCAAUGAAGCCAAGUUCAUCACUUUCAGCAUGUUGGUCUUCUGCAGUGUGUGGCUAUCCUUCAUUCCAGCUUAUGUGAGCUCGAAGGGCAAAUACAUGGUAGCUGUGGAGGUUUUUUCUAUUUUAGCUUCCAGUUCUGGGUUGCUGGGUUGUAUCUUUGCACCCAAAUGUUAUAUCAUUUUGUUGAGGCCUGAGCUGAACAACAGGGGACAGCUAGUAAGAAGAUAA